UCGAAGUUUCGCUUCUCUAUCAACUCAAGCUUCGAUUUGUUUUCUUCGAUUUCGGCUGCUUCGUCCUCCGGGUUCGGCACCAAAAAAAGACCCAACCCACCUAGGAGGCCCGCCCAGCCGCCUAGCCCCCGCCUAGCCGCCUAGCGCCCGCCUAGGCCCAUUUUUUAGAGUCUAAAGCACAAGAUGCCGAGGAUAGACUCGAAACGGUUGCCUCUCAGGCUCAAAAGAUGGCUGACAUUGCUACGGAACAAUGGAUUCAAAUUCAGCGGCUUGAGCAGGCUCUUCAUAUUACUCAAAACCAAAGGCUCCUCUUGGUUAGCAGAAUUCAAAGGAAUAUGGUUCCAGUCCAGUGACCAUCUAGUAGAUGCAACUUUGCCUGCUACUGAAGUCAAAUCAUCAGAACUGAGUGUAAGGAAUGUUAUAGGAGAAACAAAGACUUCCGUAGCUUCUGGAAAUGAGCAUAUUGGGGAGAAGCAAUUAACGGAUGUCUUAGUUAAUUGGUGAAACUUCUUAUAAGAAGAUGGAGUCCAAAAUAGCAAAUUAAGGAGCCACGCACAGUUCAACAAUGAGGCACCCAUCACCUAU